UCUUUCUUGAGAAAAAAAAAUCCGACCUUUGCAUCGUGCGAGCCUCAAACCCGCGAACCCCCAAACCCUAGUUUCCCCAACCGCGGCGGCGGCGGCGAUGGCUGCGGUGACCAACGCCGAUGUGGAGGCGGUCGACUUCGACCCCGAUGACGACGACCUCAUGGACGAGGACGCCGCCGACCCCACGCCGGCGCCCGCCCCGCGCCUCCGCUCCACCAUCGCGGGCGGCGGCGGCGGCGGCGGCGGCGGCGACGACGGGCAACGCAAGACCAAGGGCCGCGGGUUCCGCGACGACGCCGCGCCCCGCGACUCCCGCUUAGCCGGCGCCGGGCGCGCCUCCGACUUCGACUCCCUCGGCUCCGACGGUGGCCCUGGCCCCGUCCGAUCCAUUGAAGGAUGGAUUGUGCUAGUCACUGGGGUUCAUGAAGAAGCUCAGGAAGAUGAUCUUCACAAUAUUUUCCGGGACUUUGGGCAGGUCAAGAACUUGCAUUUGAAUUUGGAUCGCCGAACUGGAUUCGUGAAGGGAUAUGCUCUUAUUGAGUAUGAAACUUUCGAGGAAGCUCAGGCUGCAAUAAAAGCAUUGGAUGGAACUGAGCUUCUAACACAAAUCAUAAGUGUUGAUUGGGCAUUUAGUAAUGGCCCUGUCAAGCGCAGGAAUAUUCGGAAGAGAUCACCAAGACGCUCCAGAUCCCCACCGAGGAGAAGAUACUGAGUGCUCCCCACCAUGUGAUGAUGGUGCUUUAGAAUGCAAGAAUUGCUUGUAGGAUUCCGGUUGUUUGCUUGGCCUCCUACCGUAGUUUGAUUAUCAAUAUUAGCUCGUCUGCUAUUUUCAGUCGAUGGCUGUGAUAGUUCUGUGGCAUUGUAACUCUUUUCAGUAUAUGGAUGGAGCUGUGUUUACUGUUCCAAGUUUGGCACGCUAGUUGCCGUGGAUUGUAACCGCUGAUGUUGGAUCUUUGUGAUGAGAUGCUUGUUGCUUGGGGUGUUUACAUCGUGUUGUGUCACAGCUAUGCUUGCGUUCCUUAUUCCUUCAUCAUGAAAUAUGAUCAUUGAGCAAUUUAAU